CAUGAUUGCCGUUCAUAGUAAUCAAAUUCCCUCCACUCUUCACCGCUUCCCUCUUCAAUUUCUCCAAAAAAUACAGAAUUUUCAAUUCCUCACCACCUCGAUCAAGCACAUCACCAAUUUGAACCACCGUAGCAGAUCCACCGGACCACCGGUCAGAUCCAUCAAUUAAACCGGCCAGCCUCAAAGCUUGUUUAGACUUCUCCAAAUCGCCAUGUAGAUCUCCGAUUGCAACCAGACGAUUGGGAGUGGGGUAGUGAGUUCUAAAAUUGGAGGCUUCAUUAGAAGUAGUUUGUUGAUUAGGGUCAACGGGAGGCAAGAAGAGGCCGCCACUGACAGAGAAAUCGACAAAUGUGUCAACAAAAGAAGAAAGGAGACUUGAAAGAAGGCUACAUAGUCCAAACUCCAAAGGGAUCGGAGACGAGAGCGCGCCACAUCUCCCAUCACAUCCUUCUAAAUGGGCCGGGUGUUGGAUAGAUACUUUUCAACCCGACCCACCUGGACUUUCAUCGAGCAAUACAAUGGAUCACAUAGCAGCGCUUGAACAACAAAUGGUGUCGGAGAGAUUGAGAAAGAAGCUUAGCGAAGUCAAUACAGCUGCCCAGACACAUCUCUCUCCUGUCCAAGACCACAUCAAUUUCACUCUUCAGAAAGCAUACUUCAAAUGUGCACAUGAAUGCUUUGAUAGGACAAGAAGGCAAGAAGAGAUUAGCAAUUGUGUUGAACAUUGCAGUGUCCCAGUUCUUAACGCUCAACAACAGUUUGAGAACGAGAUGGCCAAGUUUCAAGAAAGGUUGAAUAGAUCUCUGAUGGUCUGCCAAGACAAGUACGAGGCAGCUAAGCAACAAGAGAUAGGAUCUGAUGCUGUGAAUGCUCUGGAGUCAUGUGUUGAUCAGUCAAUCCAGGAUAACAUCAAGGCACUACCACAUCUGGUUGGAAGAUUGAAAGCAUCUCUCUCCAUCAGAGAUUAAACUAAACAAGAGUCAUUACAAUGUUUCUUUUUUUUUCCAGUUACUAAAUUCCUGGGAAAGUGAUAUAGAAUUGGCAGAGCAUCAAGUUCUAUUAUGCUGUGUCUUUCGAGGCAGGAAGAGACAAAAGAGGCUAAUAUAUUGUGUUAAAUACUGCUUACCAAAUUGUUAAAAACUCUGAUCUCAGGCAUUGCGAGAGGUUGCCUGCUGUAACAGUAUUUUAUUCAUUUCAGCAUCUCGUUUUUUUGGAAAAUCUCUUAAAAAUAAAAAUAAAAUAUUUCAUUAA